UCGAAACCUGCAGAUUGAUUCCAGCCAUGGCUCCUCAAACUUCAAUUCCUGUCUCGCAGCUAUACGACACUAUUCUUAUUCUAGAUUUUGGCUCGCAGUUUACUCACUUGAUUGCUCGUCGUAUUCGUGAACUCGGUGUGUACUGCGAAUUGCUUGCUUGCACUACAAAAAUAGCUGAUGUUCCAUUCAAGCCCAAAGGUGUGAUUCUGUCUGGUAGUCCCUAUUCAGUUUAUUCACCGGAAUCCCCUCAUGUUGAUCCUGCUGUUUGGGACUUGAAGGUUCCUGUCCUUGGUAUUUGCUAUGGUUUACAGGAAAUAGCAUUCACUCGUGGUGGCAAAGUCGAUCCUUCGGAUAAAAAAGAGUAUGGCAAGGCCAACAUUUCUAUUAUUCCCGAAAGUAAACUUUUCCAAGGUCUUGAUACCGAACUCACUGUUUGGAUGAGCCAUGGUGAUCAAGUAUCAGCUAUUCCAAAAGGGUUCAAGAUCACUGCUUCGACUGACACUGCUCCAUUUGCUGCAGUCGAAUGUCUCGAAAAUAACAUUUAUGGCAUUCAAUUUCAUCCCGAAGUCACUCACACUCCUCAAGGUUCGCAUAUUCUCAAAAACUUUGCCAUUGGAAUCUGCGGUGCCAAGGCAACAUGGACUAUGGCUACGUUUGUUGACAAGGAAAUUGAGCGAAUUCGAUCCAUUGUUGGUCCUACUGCCCAAGUAAUUGGUGCUGUUAGUGGAGGUGUCGACAGUACUGUUGCAGCCAAAAUUAUGAGCAUUGCUAUUGGUGAUCGUUUCCAUGCCAUUCUUGUAGACAAUGGUGUUAUGCGUCUUAAUGAGUGCGAGACUGUUGUCAAGACCCUCAAGGAGCACCUAAAGAUUAAUCUUACACUUGUUGACGCCAGUGAGCUCUUUUUGGGCAGACUCAAAGGGGUUACAGAUCCUGAAAAGAAGCGCAAGAUCAUUGGUAAUACUUUUAUCGAGGUAUUUGAGGCUGAAGGUACAAAAAUUGAAGCUGCUGUCGAGCAAGAAGGACGAGGCAAGAUUGAAUUCUUGCUUCAAGGUACUCUUUAUCCUGAUGUGAUUGAAUCCAUCUCAUUCAAGGGCCCAUCCGCUACUAUCAAAACCCAUCACAAUGUAGGUGGGUUGCUAGAUGACAUGAAGCUUAAAGUGAUUGAGCCUCUUCGUGAGCUUUUCAAAGACGAGGUCCGUGCACUUGGUGUUCUUUUGGAAAUCGAUGAAGACCUUGUUUGGCGUCAUCCUUUCCCUGGUCCUGGUAUUGCUAUUCGGGUUCUUGGUGAAGUAACCAAAUCCCAGGUUGAUAUUGUUCGUCAUGCCGACUUUAUUUUUAUCGAAGAAAUCAAAAAAGCCGGACUGUACCGCAAAAUCUCUCAAGCAUAUGCCGCUUUGUUGCCUAUUCGAUCUGUUGGUGUCAUGGGUGACGCCCGCACAUAUGAGCAAGUUAUUGCUCUUAGAGCAGUAGAAACCAAGGAUUUCAUGACUGCAGAUUGGUUUGAGAUGCCAUAUGAUAUUAUAAAGCGCAUUAGCACUCGCAUCAUCAACGAAGUGUCGGGAGUCAAUCGUGUUGUGUAUGAUGUUUCCUCCAAACCACCUGCAACCAUUGAAUGGGAAUAA